AUUUAUAAGUUUUGAUCAUUGUAAUCUGAAAUGACCAAAGCCAUUUCGACUGGUUAUAUUUUAUGCACAAUUUAAAAUAAUAUCUAAAUGGAGUUCCGAAUAAGUAAAACAUCUUUCUUUGUGUGACAGGGAAUAUAUAGGAGCUUCCUUUAACAAAUUACCAUCGCAUUGCUUGAAGGUUCAAUGUCGCUACACUUGCUUUAACGGACGACAGAAAGAAAUUGUCAACGAUAUUCAGUACGCCAUUUCUAACUCUAAUCAGUCGGAAGCUUGUGAUGUAAUUGACGAGCUCCGUCUUUACAACUAUGAAUUUAUCAAUGCAACGGUGGGAGUCGGAUUCUUAUCAACUAUUGGUGAUAAAGUCAAAAAUAUCUAUAUAGCUAUCUCAAAUGUUACAGUCAUUGAGAGCGGUGCUUUUGGUGGAGGUAUCUUCAAUAACAUUGUUCUUGAGGAUCUUCAGUUGAAAGACAUUACAAAUGGAUUUUUUAUGAAUAUCUCUGAAGAUUUAAAGGGAAUUUCUAUUACGCAGCGAGAAGAACCAGUACAAUGUAUAUAUCCGAAUUUUCUGGACAAUGUAAAAUUUCAAAUUGAGCACUUAGUAGUACGAGUAGGCCUUGAAUGUGUAAGGAAUGUGACAGCUCAUGACCCUGUAAUGGGAUUACUCGCCUUUGUUGACUUCAGCUAUAACAACUUCAGUACACAAUUGCUUGAAGACACGUUCAGUAAACUAACCAUGGUUGAGCGAUUAGUUUUAUCGAAUUCAAAUAUCAUGUACCUACCACAAUAUAUUUUCCAAGGAAUGGAAUACUUAGAGUUCUUGGAUAUAUCACAUAAUAAGCUGAAAACUAUUUCUAAGAACAUAUUUGGUAUUCGUAACGUCGCACAAAAUGUUCGGAUUCUAGCCAACGCUAAUUUAUGGCACUGCGACUGUACACUACAAAAUGAAAUGAAUGAAAUUUUUGCAUACCAUUCAUCAACAUUGCCAAUGUAUUGUUGGUCUCCAGAGGUAUUCAAGAACUACUCGGUAUUUGAUGAACGGUUUUGCGAUAGCAAGGAUACCGAAGAAUCAUUAGAAGCUGACAGCACAACGAUGACAGCACCAACAAUCACCUCACAAAGCUCCACCAUGAAAACAACGGAAAGUCCAAUAUACGUACCAACACUACCGACACCAGCCACAGUACCUCCUAACGAAGUUAUAGCACUGGAGUGUCUUGCACAAAAUCAGACUGGUACAAAGACGCAGGAAAAUAUUAGACAAAAUUUAUGGUGGCCCCAAAUAAAUUUUAUUCCGAAAACACAUGGAUCACUCACAGUUCAAAUUACAGUGCAAUUGGAAGAAAUAAACGGUUUCACAUUUGGCAUAUUUUGGUUUUCUAAGACAACAAAAGAGUACUAUAUGAUGGAGCUUUUUCCUGACGAGUACGGUUUGGGUUGUUAUUUUACAAUGCCACUUAAAACAAUUGUUACGGACUUAGUUCCUAACGUUGCUUAUACCUUCUGCCUGAUCGACUCGAGUCAAAAUAGCGUAUCACCGUUUAGUUGUAAAUCUGUGCACAUAAGCGGAAACAUAGAAGUUUAUUAUAAUUCUUGGAUUUCAGAACAUAUUCGCUCAAAUGGCAUGUCGUGGAUGAUCUUGGGAAUCGUGGCAUUUAUAUUUCUGGGCAUAAUAUUUAUGUUUCUAGUACUGAAGCGAAAGCCCGUUUUGUUAAGAGGCAGCAAACGUGUAAUGAAACCGAAGUGCAGCUCUGGUAAUAUAGUCGUAUUGCCUCGUGGCAAUACUGUUCAAAACCUAGAGAGACAAGAAGCUUUAAUUUCGGGAAGUAAGCCAGAAAGGCUACUUUCCUGUAUUUCGAGGCACAACUCUUCUGAUAGUAUUUCCAGUACUCAAAGCUAUAUGAUCGCGAACCUCUACGAAAGCGUACCAGCCUACAUGACAUUGGACGAAAUUUCUAUAACGAUUGAUAAAGGAUCUUUCUUCGUAAAAGAUACACAAAUAUCAAAACUUUCAAAACGACUUUCGAGUGACCCUCUCCCAGCCGUACCAAAAAAGUAAACGUAGAGGCAUAGUUACUUCUUUAUUGUAAAAUUAUCGAUUAUAUACAUAUAUACAAUAUAAAAAUGACUCUUGUGAACUACA